UAAGCUCUCAGUAGACACACGACCGCCCAGUGGCUAAUUCGGGACCCAAAAGCGGACUACUUUUGGUAAUCACAAAGAGUAAAGCAGCCAAAAUGACUUUUGAUUCGGGCCAAAAGCAGAAGUUAAGUGUAUUUAGUGCGCGUUACCGAUGGCAAUUUAUUGCCACCAUGACGGUACACAUUAUGACGCUGACCCAUGGAAUUGCCGUGGGAUGGUUGUCUCCCUCCUUGCGACUCCUCGGGUCCAGUGAAAGUCCCCUCGGAGAUCCACUGACCAUCACGCAGGCCUCCUGGGUCGGAUCACUAAUUGGACUUGGCUCGCUAACUGGCAAUAUAAUCUUCGGCCUGCUACUCGAUCGUUUGGGCCGCAAAGUGUGCAUGUAUUUCCUGGCCAUACCCAAUAUGAUGUAUUGGAUCCUUAUCUAUUCCGCCCAGGACGUCACGUAUCUCUAUGCCGGACGAUUUCUGGCGGGAAUGUCCGGAGGCGGCUGCUAUGUUGUAUUGCCAAUAUUCAUCGCGGAAAUCGCCGAUAAUAGCAUCCGGGGAGCUCUGUCAUCCAUGGCCAUGAUGUACGUUAGCAUCGGCAUGAUGGUUGGCUUUACGUUGGCCUCGUACCUCUCGUAUUAUCUGAUGCCGUGCAUUAUCGUCUGCCUGCCGGUGGUGUUUUUGCUGGCAAUCAUCGGCUUAUCGGAGACACCACAGUAUUUGCUGAGACGGGGCCGGGAUGAGCAGGCCGAGAAGUCCUUCUACUUCUACAAGAACCUGAAGCCACCCACUUCCUCUGACAAGGAGGCUUCACUGCAUGACGCGGCCAAAAUGGAGUUUGACACUUUUCGGCUUCAGGUUCUCAGCGGCGGUGUCACCGAGAGCAUUUCUUGGCGAGAUUUCAUCAACGUACCCACUUUAAAGAUAUUCGGCCUGAUCUUUGUGCUGAUCAUCUGCAACCAGCUGUCAGGGAGCUUCGCCAUCUUCAACUACACAUCGCACAUUUUCGCGGAGCUGGGCAACAAAAUGGAUCCGAACACCAGCACCAUUGUGGUGGGAGCUGCCCAGCUGGUGGGCAUCUUCAGCGCGGUGGCCCUGGUGGAUCGACUGGGUCGUCGUGUCCUGCUCCUCACCUCGAUGGGAGGAAUGGGCUUGGGCGAGCUGGCCAUUGCCCUGCUCAAGUGCUUCGCCUCCGCGGAGUUUCUGGAACAGAAUGGCUGGCUUCCCCUGCUCAUCAUGUGCCUGGUGGCCCUUAUUGCCUCGCUGGGUGUCAUAGCCCUGAUCUUCAUCAUCAUCAUUGAGCUGCUGCCAGCAAAGAUCCGCUCCAUUGGCACCUCCUUGAGUAUGGCCACCUUCAGUGGAUUCAUCUUCGUGGCUCUGAAGAUCUACCCCACGAUGAUCUACGACCACGGGCUGGCUGCCACAAUGUUCAUGUCGGCGGGCAUGUGCCUCUUCGGGUUCAUUGUCUUGGGACUCUUUCUGCCGGAGACCAAAGGAAAGCUGAUGACGCACUGAUGACAUCAAUCUCGGGCCCAGAGGCCACGCCAGAUAGUGGCUUUUGUUGGCGAUGCGAGCCCAUUGCAUAAGCGGCUGGUUGGGUUCCCAAAUGCUCCCAUGUCAAGAGUACUCACUCAAUAAUUUCUGGCACAAUAGCGGCAGCGGCUCAUCCUGAACUCUUGAACCUAAUUCAAUUUUCGAGCACUGCGGUUUUCUUUUCAUAGUUUUGUAUAUAGAAAUUUAAUUUAAUUUCACGGGGAGAAAGUUUCAGGGCUGUGAUCUUGUGGUUGAUAAGUGCGAAAAUUGUAUAGUCCUAAAUAGCUUUAACAAUGGUUGUUUUAGUUUACAAAAUUUAAAUUUUAAGUUGUUCGUGUUUUGAGCGAAAGUUUAAUAAGAUUUCGUACUAUUUUUGGAA